AUGAAGGAGCGCGCCGAAAAGCGGCCCCGCGCCAUCAAGGCUAACGUCCGCAAAGCUGGCAUGGACUUGUGGCUGUGGGUGCUUAUGCACAGCCCGGACGCGAUCCUCCACGCGGCGGUCGGCCCUGUGCUGUUUUCCCCCCUCCUGAAACUUGUCACAGAAAACGACAUCAGUAUGAGCUCGGACGAAGUCCCGGUGAAUGUGCGACACGAGCGCAAUGUCAUCGUUGUCGAAGCUCUCCCCGCGCUAACUUCCAUCGACUCCAUAGCAACUAUUGGACGGAUAAGCGUCCAUUGUAGACGAUGAUUCCU